AUGGCGCCCGAACCUCAGCCCACCCCCAUGACUCAAGAAGCCGCUUCGCGUAUUCAAUCCUCAGUCGACCAAAAAGGUUCCGACGCUACCAAGGCUGACCAAGGCUUCAAGUCGCGAGUACAAUCUGCUGCUGCAAAAAACGAUAACAAUGGCGCCACAAAGCCCUAUCGAAGCGGCUGCGGUGGUUGUUCCUCCUACUACUCGCGCAAUCAACCACUCUACGAUCGCGUUGCUUCUUCAAAGCCGCCCAUGAAGUUCAAUGAAGCCCAAUCGGUUGUAUUGCUCGUGAAGAAUCCUACAUUCAGGACGACGACUACCUUCAGCUUAUGGCUCCUCCAACAAUUGUUCCUGCCGAUCACGCUACACGAUCAUGAGGACAUCCGGUUCUUGCAUAUAUCCGACAAGGUGUCAAGUAUAUCCUUACAUGAGAAGAAUCCAGCAACUAUCAAAGAUCCAGCAUUAUACGAGAAUGACUACAACCUUGACGACGCGAUCGAUUCGCCUACGACACCACCACCGCCAUCGAAUGCUUGUAUUCUCACCCCACGUUCACGCAUCGUCACGGUGGCAGAAGAAUAUUCUUUUGUGUUUAUGGUCGAUCUAAGUUCAAGUCUCGCUACAAUUGAUGUUGACAAAGGUGCAAUCAUGAUGGGAAGCAAUUAUACCAUCAUCAAAAACAUCAUUCAAGGGCUUGUGCAACCAAUGCAGAUUGAUACGCCUGUCAAGGAACACCAACACUUCCUUCCUUCUAUACGCAUUACAGUCAUUGUCGAGUGCUCUCAAUUUGGAUCCAAUAUGAACGUGGUCCCUAUUCUCGCUGAAUAUCCAACGAUGCGGGUGUUGUUGCAGGAUGCAUUUGUCAGCUCAAAGAAUAUCAAUCAAGUGCUCGAGACACUCAACAGUGGGAUUGAUCAAUUUCAACGCGAUUUAGUAAGCUUCAGACAACGGCUCAGCAAACGACGAUCACGACUUGGAUAUGAACUUGAUGUGCGCAAUGAUCAUUCGGGAAUGAUGGAUCAUGAUGUGGAUGAUGAAUUUGUGGAUAUCAGCCCACCAGCCUAUGAAGAGAAAGGGGAUGACAAAAAGAAGCAGCGCACCUCUACUACCAAAAACGAGCCUAUUUCCAAAGCAGCAGUAUCCAACAACAACAAAGCACCCAACAAUGACAACAACAACAACAGCCGAUAUCGACAACGUGUCAAAUCAAGAACAUCCACGAUUAAAAAAGACGUAUGGGGAGUGGGCAAGAGUGGAAGUAGUCUAUCGUAUAUACUGCACGCUGGAUCGUAUGCACUCAGUCUUUUACCACCCUCUGGCCAUUCAUCACUUAUUAUUGUUACGGAUGGUGUUGUCAAUUCGAGUUUGCAAGAUGAAUCCAUUGUCCGCCAAUUAUCGAAUGAAGGAGUGGAAUGCAGUAUUGUGCAAGUAGGAUUCGGCAAUGGAUUAUCACCAGCAUCCAAUUUUGGAUUUUUCCCGGACACAGAGAUAUUACGCUUUAUUGCCAGUGCUACAGGUGGCCAUUAUAUGCACGCUGAAGAUUGCCCAGAUCUUAAUUCCAUGAAUACGACGACGACUACUACUACUAUGACUGAUACCGACAAUGGGACGACGACGAUCCUUGCCAAUACCUAUCAAAAGAGAUUCCUAAUACAGCAUAUCACGUUGCAUCGACCUGCCAAUGUUGAGAGACCUCGAUCAUGGAUCAACAAUACCAGUUUACCCACAGCACCCACAUCUGCUGAAUACAUUGAUACACGACGUUUAUUUAUGGAUGGUCUUGCUACACCACAAGUGGGUCCUUUUCCUUGGGAUCCACGAGCAGAAUCACGACCUAUUGAUACCCACUUAUUGCGAUAUCAAGAGUAUUCUUUACCUCCCUCUGUUCGACAAGUGGUAGCAGCACGCACAAGACAAGGGUUUUAUAUAUCAUCGGUUGCCUUGGAUCGCAGCCGUGCAAGGCGUGCCAUCCACACAGCAGCAGCAGCAGCAGACUUUGGAGGAUUCUCUUAUACCAAGGAACGACUUUUGAUCACUCUGACACUUGAAUGGCAACCUGAUUUCACCAUUGAGUAUCGUAUACGUUCAGGUCUUUCAUUGAAUUGGUCAAGCUAUCUUAGCAACCUUACAGCCCAAUGUCCUGAAAACGACCUUCUUGAUUCAGUGAGCAACCCACGUGCCGAGAUCCUGAUACGCACCACAACGACCUUUUCGCAUAUGCUUCAAAAUUGGGAUGCAUUUCAAAGGCGGUGUCAAGUGAUGGGGAUUGUUACAGGUGGUAUUGGUGUGGGUGAUGUAUCAGGAUCAUCCACUGGAUUUCUCAAGAUUGGAAGACUCAAGAAAUUCCUCGCCCGUAUUUUUGAGACUGAUCAGCAUCUUUAUGCGCUUUUGACGACGCGACGACGCAACAAUGGUGAUGAUCAUGAUGAUUUCCGCACUGUAUGGGAGAAGCUUGACCAAAGUGAUUACCGUCUUCAGACUUCCUGUUGGUACGAUGUCCAUGGAUUCGAUUUGGUGCUAUUCCCCCAUCAUCCACAUCCUUUAUCUUCCUUGGAACCCAUACAUCAUGUCCUCCAAAAGAUGAAUGACGUUUUGCAACAUUGGGCCGACUUUGUUAGUGGCGAUGGCGAUGGUGGUGUCCAUGUCCGACUGAUGGACGAUGAUGGUGUCACGGCUUUUGCUGCACGAAGCAAAUGUAUCAGUUUUUGUGAAGUGCGAUUACUCCAGGAAAAUGCUCGCGUUGUUCAUGUUCGUUUACACUUUUUCAAUUUGCGGACUUCCAUACGGCAUAAGAUCAUCCAUGAAUUGAAAGAGAUCCUAUGCAAACCCGAUCCAGCCGAUAUGUAUUUAGCGGACUUGGCUAUCAAAGAUCCACAUGCUGCCGGUGCUGCUUCAUGGGAGUACCUUGAGCAAAUCAGGGUUGUGAUGCGUCCAUUAUCCAUACUAUUGAUGCGGGAUCCCGAGCAUUACUUUUUCACAUCAACAGACAAGGAUCAUCAGCUUGCCGAAUUUAUCAGACCCGUUGGAUGGGGAAGAGGAGAGUUCAUUGUUGGCAACUACAUGCGUCGACACACGUGCUAUUGGGAUACGUCGUUACCAGGAACCGAGUACCUUGCCAACAAUGGUCUUACGAGCCUACGUCAGAUUGGAUUUGAUAAGCUGUGCAAUGCACGUGCUGCUCAGGGCUACGCACUUAUCUCAUCCAGGGAUGGAGCAUGUCACUUUUACAAAGAAUUCAAGCAUGGAAGUGCCGUCUUUUCUUCGCAAUAUUUUGUUUGGCGUGAAGGUCACAAAGGCAUGCUGACGACUGAGCUUUGGACUGAACCCGUGACACAUGAUCGACUCGAUGUGCAAAUCGACCUGUAUGCGGGCGACAAGGAUAUUGUAACCAAGUUGAUGACAUUUGACUGGACAUUUGCAUUGAGUCAUGAACCAGCAGCUGCCACUUCGGCUUUUGAGAGUAUACGUGAACAAGGAUUGGAUGAUACGCUCCUCACAAAGUAUCACAUCAAGCAUACGAUGCUCUAUGACAUUUCAUCCAUCAUGGAAUCAGCACCUUUUUCUCUGGUUCUUUAUCCAUUUCCUGGAUUUGCGUAUGGAGGAGAUUAUAAUGCAACUCAACAGGUGGCGUGGUUAGAAGCUGACAAGGAUGUGACUACAACAACAACAACAACACCAAAAGAAGCGAUAUCAACCCAUGAACCCCGUAUCAGCAACACACGAGGAGGAGGAGAAUCUUCGCAUCAUCAUCAUCAUUAUCGAAAUGCAGCAGUAUGCGUUUGCCCACGACCCGAUAAGCUUUUCUUGGAUUGUCGUGAUGUGAUUGCUUCCCUGUCACCAGCACAUAUGGAUAUGACAUUGCUGCAUUAUUUCUUUGUGCAGAUCAUGUCCGUAUUUGCCGAUUACGAAUUGCCAGUGGGAUCAAAGACGACUUCGGAAGGAUUGGACGUCAUGCAAAUAUUGAUGCGGCAUGAUUCAAAGGCGAUUGAAGAGAGCACAUUACAUCUCUCACGAGAUAUCCGUGGCACGCAAUGUUUCAUCAAGACAUUUGGCCCAAGCACAUUUGUUGUCAUAUGCAUGGCUUCCCUUGAUACAUUUAUCAAUCGAUUCAAAGGCGAUCAGGAUACAACAUCAUCAAGCACUUUUCGUAGAAUGGGUCUUGCCAUGUUUGAAUGUCAUCGAUCAUUGGCAGGAUUGCAUAUGCAUGAUGAUGAAAGCGGCGGUGGCGAGACGACGACGACGACGAUGGAUAACAACACCACCACCACUACGGAACAGCAGCAUCCUACAAUCACUACCAAAUCCUAUGAAGACGUAUUGGUGAAUGGGGUUGGAUCAGCUAUUCGACCUUGGUUAUCAAGUGGUGGUAGAGCAAGCAAUGAGAAUGAAGAAGGAUUGGUUUCAGAUUAUCGUCUUCGUCUUAUCCAAAACAUCAGCGAUAUCUACUCUCGAGCAUUUACAAAGUCAGUCUAUACGUCCUUGCUCUACGGCAAUGCCGUCAAGAAUGAUGAUCUCGAAAAGGUGCUUGAGGUGUGCGAGGAAACAGUAUUGGAGACAGAUCUCACUGGCUAUUUGAAUGUUCAAUCCUUGCUUAAGCGAAGGGGGCGAUCAAAUUUUGAAGAGAUCCAACUUGCACGACAGCGAUUCAACACCGUGCUUGCCCAUUACUUUGAGCCCGUCAUGACCGAAAACAUGCGCAAUUUAUACUGCUAUCGACCACCCCAUGCGAAGAACGAUGCCAGCAAACGAUCCAUGUACCUUGCAGAUAUCGCCGUUUGUGCACAUUCACCCUUAUUGCUACGACUUGAAUAUGUGCUACGUGAUCGCAAACGACGUGAAAUGGCUUUUCCACUUGUUGACCUCCCCUAUUCGUACCAAGGUGUAUCACCCAGCAACAACCAAGAGUUCAACUUUGAACCUGAUUUGAUUGGUACAACGACAUCCCCUGUGGCUUCCAUGGAUGGUACAUCGGCAACGCUGCGAUUGAUAUGCAUGACAUUGCCGGAAACCAUGUAUGAUCCUGUCAACGUUUUAUCCUCCCAUUUGAAAGGUUGCCCCGCCGAACACACGGCUGUCCACAAUCAAACAUCACUCCUUGCUAGUGGAAAACGAGAUAGUGAAGCACUUUCAGCUCUACCUGAAGAAAAGAGAAACGCCCUUUUGGAAACCAAGACAAGGAUCAUGUGGCUAUUGACAGAGGAAAUCAUGCAUGGAUUGUUACGUGCUGGACCAGUCUCUGAGCCUGUUGUACGCUACAUUGAAUCACAAUUGAUGAAAAAGAACCCAUUCGUUGACUUUCCUACAACAAUCACCAUUCCACUCAGCUUUGUCAAGAAUCAGAAUCAAAGUCGACGCGUCUUUUUGGAGCAACUGGAACACAAUACAACGUCAUUAUAUCGGCUUGUGCGAGUGGGCAACUGCUUUUAUGCAAGCGACAAUGGAUUUUUCAGUGCCAAUUACGAUGCUAUUACGGGCGGCGACGACCCUAUUGGUGUCAUUGACAGUUAUGACGAAGGCCUUGGUAUAUCGACAUACAACCCUGAUGAAAAUGUUGAAGAAGAAAAAGCAGGCCAUGAUGAAUUUUGCGAAGGUUUGGGAAUCAGCAUCUUUGAGCCUGCCUUUGGAGAUGACGAUGAUGAUGAUGAUGAUGAUACGGUGGAAAAGAAGAAGGAGGAGGAGGAUCUCGAGGAACAAUCCACAAGUCAACAACUCUAUUGGCUACUCAUUAUCCCGCAAGCCCAUACGGUGCAAGUGUAUUUUUAUUCAAAGAUGCCGCAAUCUGUCAAUCGCACUGAGAUCAUUCGCGUUACCAAAACCAUGAUCAAUGACAUCAUGGAGCGAACAAACAAGCUGGUGCUCUUGUACCACAUGAACGAUACACGCAUAUGCAGCAAAUACCUUAUUGCUGCUGAUGAGGAGACCAUGCGAUAUUCGUCCGAUACAUCAGAUGACGACGAUGAAGAUGAACACCAUUCAUCAUCAGGAGACAACCUUGUUGAGAUUUUGUCGACUUCAGGCGAAGAUACUUCAUAUGCACCACCAAAGAAAUUCCACCCUGGGCAAUUUGGAUGUGAGAUUUUAUACACUUACAGAUAUCCUUUACAUUGGCGACUACAACCGAAUGCAGCUCUCAACAUGCUUGCCACCGAUGUACUUCGUCAUUUUGCUGUGAAGAAUCGACCCAAUACAUUUGUGUGUAUGCGAGAUGAUUGUGUUGUUUAUCUCACACUGCGCGAGAGCAUCUAUACGCAAUACACCGAUAGCGAGACACAAACUUUGGAUGACACCCGUGCCAGCUCACCUUAUGGAUCGUCAUCAUUAUUUACACCCAAUGAUACGAUUGCAUUCUCUCAUACACGUGGUCAAUCUUCAAACGGCAAUCCUUCCAACAACAGUCAACGUACAAGCCCAAAAGCAGCAGCAGCAACAAGUAGCCCUAUCCAAUCGCCUAAUGCUAGAAAGGCACCAAGACCAUCCGAUGCACGAGAGCUUGUGUUGGAGGUGCAUGGGGUUGAUUUGCCUGGAUGGAUAUCGGAAGAGUUGGUGAAUUUGCUCGAAAACAGGCUGACGGCUCAUAUCACAUUGAAAGAAGUGCAGCAGUUUUUGUUGCGUAAUCCCAAUUCGAAGUUGUCACGUGCAGAUGUCGAUUUCAUGUUGCCAGUGGAAAAGCCUCCCGCCCUUCGUACUCUGCUCCCAUUGUCAAAUUCGGUUCUCGGGACCACAGAAUUUUUGCACAUGUUGCGCGAGAAUAUUAUAGCAGCAGGAACAUUGCGUGUAUUGAGUGGAAACAGCGUCCCAUCUACAUUGAGGCGACAUCGCAUGAUGCAUUAUGCAAGAAAAGAGGACCCUACUAGUGACGUGACGCUUGGUGAUCUUUGCUUUUACUAUAAUUGCAUCAAUCGAGGUCCUGGUGUGUGCUCUGAUCUUGAAAUGAGCGUGGGUCAAGGUGCUGCCGGUAUUGCGUUACUUUUGGUGGAUGCGGAGAUGGUGCAAGAGGCGACGACGAGUAGUGGCAGUAGCGAGAGUCCUAUGCCUUCCGAUGUGGAGAUAUUUGUUGAGAGCUCUUUUGGUGAUAUGAACAAGACACAGCAAUAUCUAGCGGUUGAUAUUUGGACCAUUGGCCAACUUGAAGCACAACAACUCCAGAACCACUUGUUUGGUAUUUUCAGACAAAGCAUUUGCGACUAUGCUAUUGAACGAUCCUUGGUGGAUGCCAUGUUUAAUUCGGUCGGCCAAGAAGUCAUAGACGACGUUGUGGCGACGCUUAUGCAAGUACUUCAAAAAGCACAAGAAUGGAAUAAUCCUUCGGUGAACACGGUGACCCAGCAACUUGAACUCCAACCAUGGUGUGUGAUCAACAUUAUCCAGCAAUUGCAUGUCGAAUUUGCAGAAUUGAAUCUCGAUUUGAAGCCAUUUGUAUCACGUGACGACAAAUAUCAAACGUAUACGCCACCUUCAUUACGCACAACAACGGCACAUCAUAGCUCAUCAUUGCAAGAGAAUCGACACUAUUUAAUUAUCAGUGGAUUGAACGACCUAUUUUCUUCUUCUCGUGAGGAUGAUGUUGCUUCCUAUUUGGAGACUCCUGCUGCUGCACGUAUGGACACUCGUAGUAUACACAGCCAUCAUGAUUCAAUCACCUCCAGCAUUGGAAAGUCGCAAGACAAUCACCAUCGCCGUUACUUUUCAAUCAUGUUUUUGGAUGCGGAUGGAUUCAAGUUGUACACCUACAAUUACACCAAGCCAUUCUUGGAACAAGCUGUGCAAAGGAUCACUCGCACCAUUGAACAACAGGAUGCUCGUAUACGAAUGCUCAACAACAUCUUGCAUCAGAAAAUGGGUCUUUUCCAUCAUUCAGAGCAAAAAGAGCUUGAACAACAAAAACCUGAAUUAUAUACAGCCGCUCGCCUUACCAACUACAACAAUGUAUUACGAGAUGCGUACACUGAACCAGUCCAUCAUCCGGAUCACCUUAUCAGGCACGGGGAUCCAUUCCUUGAAAGCUAUUUGCGUGGAACACAACUCCAGGCUGCACAUGAAAAGGCCUUCAAAGUCUACAGCAAAUGGGCAACCCGAUACAGUUCCAUUACUUCUUCUUCACAAAACACUGAAAUGAUGACUGUGGCCGAGCUCAAACUCAUUCUCAAGGCAUCCCGACUCCUCCACUUUUGUCGCACGCCUCUUAUCUUUUCAGAAGCAAACAGCUUUGAUGCCGCGUCGCAUAUUACAAGUAUUUUCGGUGAGCAUGAUUUGCGAAAUGAAAAGACGACUUUAUGGUACGAACAUCUUGCACGCUCGUUUAUGAACGAAUACGCAUCCUAUCUUGAGAGCGCAGGCAUGCAUCUUAUCGUGAAUGGCGUAUCAUGUCAAGAGAAUCCCGAAGAGCUUGAAACCUAUUUAUCAAGCUUCCGCAUCGCCGAUGAUUACCUUGUAUCAUCACCGGUUGUGUAUCUUAUGCAAGUAUUCCCUGGAGGGACCAUCAUGUGUGAAGCCCAAUUGACAGAUAAUUUUGUUUCUGUGACAUUAUAUACACUCCAUCGACGUUAUGGGCGAUUGACACGAGCACCCUAUGGAUAUGAACAGAAGAAUGAUGAGGUCCAUCGAGCAAGUUUCCAAGAGUUUACCGAGGAAUGUGAUCGUUUCAAGCAAAAGAUCCACGUCAAUUCGUUUGUCUAUGACUUUCAUUUACGAUUCAUACAACGAAGCUUGGACGACGUCGACGCUAUUCCAGAUACACUCCAUUUAUUGAACGUGAUCAAGAAUAUUCUUUCCGUGUACCACAAACCUCCAGGCUAUGCACGUAAUCGCGUUGUUACAGGAACCUAUGAAGCCACAUUGGAUGAACAAGUGGACCAGCUGGUGCCAUCCAUGUUACGUGAUGCUACAAAGUAUGGAUUUCGACCCCUUUAUUUUGAUGGCAAGCCGAUUGCAUGCUUUGUUUCCUCUGACGAUGUAUCGUUUCACCAAGCAUCUACCAACAAUGCUAUCUUCCGUCACACAUUGAUUGUUACACCACUCGCCAUGAAUGAUCGAGAAAGCAACCCAUCAUCGUCACGCCAUCAUCUUCAUCGUAGUGGUGCCACGACCUCCGAACAACAACACCAUCACCCUCAUGGCUACGUUGGAUUGCAGUACUUUGUAUUGGUGACUUAUCGAGGAUGGCCAACGACACCACGCUAUCGCCCUGACAUGUUGGAAGAAGUUUUACAACCUGCAUCGUAUACUCUGGGCUAUGUUGUUCAACGUGCCAAGACUCGUAUUGAUCGACUUAUCAAACAUGUUAUUUAUGCAUUACAUCAAGAUGCUGCAUGGAACACGUUAUAUCAAGCCAUCAACAAUACCGAACGCUCCGAUCCACCCGAUACCCUUAUACGCCUGGCAACCCAAUUCCAUGAUCUCGAUGUCAUAGCAACGGAGCCUCCAUUCCAACAAUUUACCCAAUUGGAUCUUCGAUGGAUCGACCUUUUCGAUAUGCUGCGACUCUUUUACCCAAUGACCUCUGGAUACAUUGAAAAGGCCACGUCCAAGCAGCUAUUGUUGUUCAACCCCAAUGCUGUGCUCAAUUACUUUGUACGCUUUGAGCUGGAUCUCAAUACCAAACGCAUCACCAUUACCGCUAGUAGCAAGGAACAAAGACGCCAUGUUGCCAGACUAGAUGAUACCGAGAUGGUCUUUAUUGGCAAUCUCGCAUUGACCUUGUCUUAUUGCAUGUGGAAACUAUCGCUUUAA